CUAGAUCUAGAGGGAUUAACAGUUUUUAAAAUAAAGUGGUUUUUAGGGAAUGGCAUGGUUAGACAUGGGCCGAUUGCUCUUGCGUGAACAAACGCUAUGGAUGCACAUCCAGAAAAAAAGCAGGCUUAGUUGACACAUUAUACUAAGUAAUGUUUGAGUGCCCCUUCAAUAUUCCACUUAAGCACAAAGAAGAAGAGGUGGGUUUUACAUGGACUAUACUUUCAUAGUAGCAGCAAAUAUUGUCCAAAUGUAUUAUAACCGUGCAUCUCUUGAAUUUUAGUUUUUCCAGCGCCUAAUUUUUUUCUCAAAUAUAAAUACUAACAUUGUGUAACUUUAUUUUCACAGUGCGAAAACAGUUCUCAACAGUAAAAGUCUGUUUAAGAUUGUAAAGUAAAACUGGAACUCCAUUAAAGUUACAAAACUAUCAGAUGUUUGUCUAACAAUGCAAGUUAAAAAUGGAAUUGUCUAUCAAAAUUGAGCCAGAUGAUACAUAUUCUUCCUACUCUGACUCAGUUUCAAAUAAACUCAUUAUAUGCAAUGCAUUAGUACAUGAAAUCUUAAAAGAUCAUGACAUUUAUCAUAAAAACACAAUAGAAUGUAAUAAUAGAACUCCUACAUUCAUAUGCAGUUUAUGCAAUCAAGGUUUUACUAUUAUGUGUACUCUCAAAAGUCAUCUUUAUCUCCAUUUAGAGGAGAAGCCUAGCACUUCAUUUUCAAAAAAUUCCAGAUUGUUGCAGCUUCUUUUGGUUAAAGCAAAAGAGAAACAAUUUAUUUGUAACGUGUGCGGUGUGUCAUUUACUCAAAAAAAUCAUUUAAAAGAACAUUAUAAUAUGCAUGCUGAACAUAAAGAACAGCUGUUCAUAUGUAAAGUGUGUAGGAAAUCAUUUUCUCAAAGCUGUGACUUGGAAAAGCAUUAUCUUGUACAUACAGUAGAUAAGCCAUUCACUUGUAAAAUCUGUGGUAAAUCAUUUACUCGAAAUCAUAAUUUGACAGAACAUUAUCGUUUGCAUACAAAUGAAAGGCCAUAUACUUGUAACAUUUGUGGUCAAUCAUUUAUUUAUAAUUGCCAUUUGAAAGUUCAUCUCCGAGUGCAUACCCUAGAGAAGCCGUUCCUGUGUAAACUGUGCACUAAAUCAUUUACUCGAUACUCCCAGUUAAAAGAGCAUCUUAGAGUGCACACUAAUGAGAAACCUUUCGCCUGUACAGUUUGUGGUAAAUCAUUUUCUCAUACUGGAAAUUUAAAAGUGCACUUUCGUAUGCAUACAAAUGAGAGACCAUUCUCUUGCAAAUUCUGUUGUAAAUCAUUUGCACAAAGUGGUCAUUUAAAACAGCAUCUUAUUUUGCAUACUAAUGAGAAGCCAUUCAGUUGUGCAUUGUGUUCUAAAUCAUUUUCCCAAAGUAUCCAUUUGAAACGCCAUAAAAUUGUGCAUACAAAGUUGAAGCCUUUCACAUGUAAAGUGUGUAUGAAAUCAUUUACCAAUGAAAGGUAUUUUAAAUAUCAUUGUCUUUUGCAUAAAAGGUUUUACAGAUGUGACCAUUGUGGUCAAUUAUUCAUUCAGUUUAAAUCCUUAAAAAGGCAUAUAAGCAUGCACUUAAAAAGUGCUAUGUUAUGCUUUUAAAAAGCAUAUCAAUUUUCACUUAAAAUGUAAGUCUUGUGAUUUUUAAAGAAAAAAAAAUUGCUUGUGUUAGUUAUGUUAAAAACUAUAUAAACUGUUAUUUUGAAGGUAUCUGUUUAUAAAGAUUUUUUUAUUUACCUCUUUAAAUAAUUUAAAUUUAUUUAAUAAUAACUUUUUAUACUUAUUACAGAGUAUAAAAAUGGUUUGAGUAAUAGCUGUUCAGCUGAUUAUUAUACUACUGAGAUUUAAUUUAACUUAAUGUUGAUAGUCAAAACUGUUUUUAUGCAUAAGAGUGAGUUGUUAUGUUACUGCUAUGGUAUUAUUGUAAUAGCAUCAUUUUAGCCUGUUUAUAUUUUAUUGACCUUGAAUUUGGCACAAGUCAACACAAAAUAAAAUAAAGUGAAUUUUGUUUUGUGUUCAAUUGUGCCAAAUUCUUAGUUGCCUCAUUA